UAUGUUUUGCAUAUCAAAACGAUACGUUUCAAUCAAUUAAUUAACAUAUCUGGCGCUUUGAACCACCCUGUCUCGAAAUUUUUUGAAAAUUUUGUGACAGGUACGUCAUUUUUGACAUUUGUUGACGUAGAAAUUCAAAAUGAGGUUAUCGGUGUCGGUGAUUUCAGUCGGUUUAUUUCUUGCAUUUAUUUUACAUUCGAUAUGGAAUUUGGUCGGAAUAUUCCGAGUUCCGACGUGCACAAAAGGCGAGAAAUGUUAUAUCUCGUAUUUAAACACGAACCCGAACCUCGACUUGUUACUCUUCGUGUCUGAUAACUCCAGGUCAGGUAACGUGGAACAAGUGUUUAGUUUGGAGAAGUUUGAUUACAACAGCAGAAUAGAGAAAGAAAUUCCAAUUCAGCUUAGCAAGACUGUGAGGAAUAAUGGUAGCUUGUACGUUCACACAAUCGUCAUUCCAAGCAAUUCCAGAAAGAGAGACUACACUUUAAAUGAUUUAAUAAACCAGCAAGAAGCUACUUAUCUCAAAUAUUCCCUAACACAGUACACAAUACCUGCAAGUGCAACGUUCAAUUUACUGAAGGAGGAAUCAAAAAAACAGAAUGUGAAACCAGUCACGCAUUUACGGUCGAAAUUUUCCGUAAUCAUGUGCACAGACAAAUUCGAGUUAUCCUCGUCAAACAUUCCAGUAGAAAUUAUCAGGCAUUUAAGAAUCAAUUACAGGAAGCAGUUUUUGCCAAUUAUACAACGUGAUAUUAUGCAAAUGAGAUUGAGAGACUUGGUAGAAGUGACCAAAGAUAUGAGAGAGGCUACUAUACUUUUCACUUACACGCCAGUCUCUAUUGGAAAAAUCCGAUUUGUAUCACAGAUAGACUCAACUUUGCACCAGUUUAUUGCUCUGGGAUUCACCGAAAAAGAUUUGGACGAAGUGAAGGGGGUUUUUGCAGACACAAACCUUUACCUGCUGUGUGCAACAGUCCUCAUUGGCAGCAUCCAUUUACUUCUUGAUUUUCUGUCGUUCAAAAACGAUGUUAAAUUCUGGAAAGCUCAAACUUCAAUGGCUGGGUUAUCCACCAGCAGUGUUCUAUGGCGAGCUUUCUCCCAAACUGUUAUAUUUUUGUAUCUCUUAGAUGAGGGCACGUCUUUAUUAGUUUUAAUACCAAGUGGGAUUGCGACAAUAAUUGAAUUUUGGAAAGUUAGUAAGGUUCUCAAAAAAAGUAUCAAGUGGGAUGGUGGUCUCAAAUUCAGCAAAGGUGAAGAAGAAAGUGCAGAAGAAUUACAAACGCGGAAAUAUGAUGAAGAGUGUAUGAAAUAUUUAUGUUAUCUUCUGUAUCCCUUAUGUGCUGGUGCUGCUAUUUAUUCAUUACUGUAUCAACCUCAUAAAAGUUGGUAUUCCUGGACCAUCAAUAGUCUAGUAAAUGGCGUGUAUGCAUUUGGUUUCCUCUUCAUGCUUCCUCAAUUAUUUAUAAACUACCGACUGAAAUCAGUCGCUGCAUUGCCUUGGAGGGCAUUCACUUACAGAGCAUUUAACACUUUCAUUGACGAUAUUUUUGCAUUUAUUAUUACAAUGCCGACGGCACAUCGAGUGGCGUGCUUCAGGGAUGAUGUAGUUUUCUUAAUAUACUUGUACCAAAGAUGGUUGUAUCCUGUUGAUAAAACACGAAUUGACGACGUCACAAGUGAAACAAUUUUAAGCGAAGAUGAAAGUAAAAAAAAUAAUUAACUACGUAAAGGUCUUAGAGAAUAUUAUAACACGAUUUAAAUUAUUUUAUUACAUUAAUGUUCACAGGGUAUGUAUCUACUGCCGUAACUGAAAAAGUAAUAGCACAAAUGUUUUGAUUGACAACCCUCCAGUUUUAUUUGUGAUAACUCUUAGCUUUCGUGUCUGUGAUGAAACAUCUUGUUAAAAUUAUUUCUGCAUGUUGUGCCGGUUAAAUGUUUAUUUAAUGUUACGAGUUUUCAGCAAUAAUAAAUUGAUGGUCAAUUUCCCAA